AUGAACGUCUUUGGCCCCUUCAUUCCGGUGAGGUCUUGCGCACAAUUGGGCUCCGUAGUGCCUCUCUUUGCCAGCUUACGGUUAGACUUCACCCUGUCCUUGGCAGACAUGACCACCAUGGGAAGCGUUCUGCCGGUACGAAGUAGGUGUCAACCUGGAUUCAUGUUGUCCACCUUCUCAAGCGUAAGAUUUGGCCCAGCAUUGCCGGCCUUGGAUUUUGUCAACCUCGGAAGCACUUCAUCGGUUGGAACAAUCAGGAGCUCCCUCAUUUCGGACGGCUCCGACUCCACAUACCUCAAAAUCAGCUC